UUUGUCCGAUUAAACCUCUGUAUGAAUCAUUCAGGUCAGGACGAAGUCCACAGAGAUAGAGGAGGCAUCAGGGCAGGAAAUAUAGGACACUGAACUCUUCCAGAUGGAAACAACAUCCUCACUGAUUAAGUCUGUGACUCGGCGUGUGUGGUCCGCACCUCAGAGGCCUUUUAGAGUUUGCUCAUGGGACAGAGAGAUCAGGAAGGGACUCACGGCAUCUGCCUUAGAGGAGCUGAAAGAGAGGGCAGCCCACACUCUGCUUAUUUCUACGCUGCUGUCUCUGGUGUGUGAGGAAGAUGGCACUGAAGUGGAUUCAGAUGAGUUCCUGUUGGCCUUGCCAGACAACACAGUGCUCAUGGCCUUGGAGCCAGGACAAACCUGGAAACCACAUCCUUUAGGCCAUAGAGGCAGCAGUCUCAAACCAGCUGACAACAAACCUCGCACUGGUCGUGACAUCGCUCAAGUGACCUUUGACCUUUAUCGCCUGAACCCUAAGGAUAUUUUUGGUUCUCUGAGCGUGAAAGCCACGUUCCAGGGUCUGUACUCCAUCAGUGCUGACUUCCAAUGCCUGGGGCCAAAGAAGGUGCUCAGAGAGACCCUCAGACUGAUCUCCACCGUACUCCAUGCAGCAGGUCACAUGUUAAUCACAUCUGCUACGGUGAUUCGCCGAAUCAUACAAGGAGCAGACUUCCUGCAAGCUCACGGCGCUCGCCAGAUUCAGACAGAAUACUGGAACUGACUUUCUGCAUGAUCAGGAAAAAAAAACUGCUCUUGCUUUGUGAAAUAUAACUCAUCUUAACAGUUAUUACUGUUUUUUGGUAAUCUACUCAGGGUCAUUCAAUAUAAAACUGCAUUAUUAACAUGUUUUAGUUUACCAGUGUGCAGAUCUGUUGACUGUGUAAAUACAAACAAUAUGAAUAAUAAUUAAAUGAUUUUAAAUAUCUGUAAAUAAUAUAAUAACGUUAUACUGCUGUGUUAAUCAUUAUACUGGGCAGUGUAAUACUGAUAUCAAAGAAGCCUGCAAUGUAUAAAAGAGUUCUCUAACAAACCAUAGAUUUUUUUAUUGAUGUUUUGAUGUGUUAUAAAAAAUAUUUCUUGGUCAGUGUGUAACUCUGAUACAUCACAGCAUCAUUGGGUUGUUUUAAUAGAUUGUGAUGGGACUGUAAAGCAAAAGCACACGUUUUGAUCAUUUCAUACAGCCUUCUUGUAAAUAUGUACUGUAUUUGCCCAGUUCAAAUAUACUAAUAAUAAAAAAAAAAAUCCUGAAGUCCACUUUA